AUGCUUCAACAGCUUGCAGGGGAUCUAAGCCACAACACGCUCCCCUUCGAUAAAAUCUUGUGCAUCGGUUCAGAGCUAGGCAGUCACCUGGAGACAAUCGCCAGUUGUAACCGAUGUGUUGCAACGAAGCGAAAGAUACACAUACUAUCCCAGACGACGUCACGGCUGGUUGGGUUCUACGAAGCGGCGCAUUUGAGCGCCCCCGCGGCAGCGGCCACGGCAGACUUGGGCGACGAAGAGGAUGGAUCUACGCUCAUCAGACAGACUGGGGUUACGCCAGCAUCGCCAAGUUUUUCAGACAGCGCCCAGAGAAGCUGUCUAUCCAAGAGUUUGCACACUUCGGACUGUCGCUCGGUAUCGUGUGCCAUGCGACUUGGCAAGCUGGCCAUUGUGGGAGCGGAGGCCCGCAUUCUGGGCGAAGUUGUGCUCAUAGAUGCCUGCUUGGAACUACAUGAGAGGAUGCAGGAGUGGAAGAUGGCCAUGGACGAGUCGUUGGAGACGGUGGAGGAGCAAUACGACGCAACGAUAUGCCACAGCCUCGACAGGUUGGCCAAGCUAAUCGGGUUGCUGCAAUAUGAUGGGUAUGCCGGGGAUCACUGGUAA